AUGUCUCAGCAAGUUCCCACCCGCCCAGCCGUCGCCCCUCUGCAGUUUUCCAGUGCCCAAAUCUCCAGCUACAGCAGCAGCUCCAGCCUUGCCUCGCCCUCCCUGCAGUCGGCCGCUCCGCUCUCGUCGCCCGCCAUGCCCAGCGCCCAGCAGCAGUACUCGUUCGCCUCCCCGAACCAGCCGCAGCAGCAACAGUCCCACCAGCAGCAAUCGCAGCCACACCCGAGGCAGCUCCAGAGACAUCCCAGCUACGAGUACCAGCCCAACAGACAGGGCGCCGGUUCCACUCAGAACGAGACCGCAGCCUACUUGAACUCGGCUGCCCUGCUGGCAGAGGCCGCGAAACGUGCCUCGAUACAAGUCGUCAUGCGAGACAUUGAAGAGAUGGAGCUGUGA